CACGAACGGAGCAAGAAGCUUAAGCCUCAUGUCGCUCAUGGCGGCGGCUACACCCAUGACUCCGCCGAGUCGGUUUGGCCCAGCAACGCACCAACCACGGCCACUUCGGUACGGCCCAACCACGGCGCUGCCGUGGGGCUCUGGCGGUGCUGUUUCGAAGGCCGCCCUCUGGUCAUGGGCCGUCCGGUUUCGAAGAGCGACAGGCUUCGGGCCGCGAAGGCGGUGCCGCCGUACGGUGUCGAUGUCGUGUGCAGUGAAUGAUCGGCCUUUAGCAUUUCCAGUUGUUGUGCUUGCGGUUGCCAAGCAUAAGAGAAGCUUCGGACGCUUUGAAGUGGCCACAGUGGAAGAUCCUGAAGUUCCUGAUUCUGGCUGUACUCUCAGUGUGAUCGUUCGAACGGGGGAGUUCAAGCCUCAGGAUACAGCAGUCUUGCUUUUGAUUGGGACACGCGUUCCUGAAGAUCUUGCACGGCAAUGUGGAUGGGAAGGGCUUCUGGCGGAGAAUGACUUUGUGUUGAAGCCUUAUUACUUUGGACGCGGCUAUUUGUCCAAUGGGCUCUUGCUUCCAUGGCCGGAAGAAUUUGGAGCGUCCCCGCUCGACAGUCGGUCCACUGGUCCAUUGGAAUUGACCUCGUUUCUGAAACUUCGAAGCGCUGAAGAGCUCGACAAGAUCAGCGCCAGGUCUUUCAUGAUCGAGAUCGGUUUCGAUGGCAGCUUUCACGGAUCGCAGUCCAGUGGCUGUGAUGACUUGCGGCCCACCGUCUUGGGGAAACUUCUCAAAGUUUUAGCACCUCUGGAUGCUCGCGACGUGAGCUCAGGAAGUGCGGCGCCCGAUCACGAGCCCCGGCCCAAGCGGAUGAGCCAAUGGGUGGCUUUGAGCAGGGUCGAUGCUGGCGUCAGGGGCAGAAGCUUUAAAGUGACAACGCCGCCUCUUUUGUGCAGAGGUUCUGUAGACAUCACAGAGGCUUUGGCUAAGCUUCCUUCCAGCAUUGCCCUUCAUCGAGUGAUUCCCAUGCCAAGGGGCGUGGAACUGAGUCCGGCUUUUGAGAUUGCCAGGGAAUAUGGCUACUACUUGCCGGCUGCCAUCCUAGGAGACAGCUCUGCCACAUGUUUGGAUGGUAUUCUGCAAGACUUUUGUGGUUCCCACUGUUUUGGGAACUUCACGGAUAUCAAAAAGCUAGAAGGAUUGAAGAAGAAGAUUCGACGGAGUGUACCACUUCAGAGAUUUGCUCACAGCCUUCAGAGUUGGAAGCGUUCAAGAAGGGCUCCCAAAGCUGAUGGCAUUGGUUGGGAGGGCUGGAACGAUUCGACUCCCGUUUCCUCGAUUCCAAUGCAUCCAGACAUGCGUGCGGCCUGCAAGCGACAUGUCCUCAGCAUUGCAGUUGAUGUCAGAAGAGGUGGAACAGAUGACACACAGCUGAAGGGUUUGAUUUGCAUUCGUGUGAAAGGAUAUGGAUUUCUUUACAAUAUGAUUCGCUAUUUGGUGGGAUCUGCGGUGGCAGUUGCAACCGGUAAGCUUUCCUCUGAUGUCUUAGCCACAGCUAUUGAAGGGUCAAUAUGUAUUGAUCUGUCCGAAUUCCUGGCUCCAGCCCAUGGACUUGUCCUCCUUGACCAAUCCCUUGACAGCUUUUCCUGGGCGUCCCAAGCUAGCGAAGUGGCAGCCCAUUCUGCAGACGAAUUCUUGGACCAAAGACUGCUGCCAGAAAUUCAGAAGGAAUGGGAAGAUUGGCAGCCAAAAGCUGCAGCCUGGAUGCGGAGCCCAGUUCAAAGCCCCUGCACCUGACUGGGAUGACACUGAGGGUGAGUUGGAACACAGGAAAGUCAUGCAAAGGAACCUAAGCGAUGGCCUCCAACCUACUAGUGAUGGCCUCC